AACUGACGCUCACUCUGGUGACAUCUCCGUAAAAGUGAUCGGAAUCAAAUCAAAGCUUUUAAUCUCAGCAAUCACCGUCACAUCUGGACGUUUCCUACCACAUAAAGACUUCUGUGGCUGAGCAGCACUUGCUUCCACGAGCUUUUUGUGGGGCACUGAAACCAUAUUGACCGGAUAAAGAGCUUUACUAUUUCAGGUUCAGCUCUCACCUGCUGAACAGUAUUAUUCACAUGAUGGUAGCUUACUAUUAAAGCGUGAAUUUAUCACUUAUAAUAUCGAAAAAUAAUCAGACAUAUCACCAUCAUAAAAAGCAGUGAAGGAAUUUUGUUCCUAGAUGCUUCCAACAUCGGACAAAUGGAGGCUAAAGAAAGGCAGGGCCUCCCUAAGAAUUUUCUUUAUAUGCAAAAUGUCUAUGCUUAGUUCUAGGUUCUUGAUAUUCAGCUUAACACGUUUUUAUGUUCCCAACCCCAAAACUCCCAGCCAGACCCAGUCUUUAAAAAGAGAAGACAAUUUAAACAAAGAAACAGCCCUAAAUACAGAAUAGUUUGUGAGCAGAGCUGCAUAAUUGGCCUCAAUUAAUCACAGGUGGUGCGUCCAUUAAUCAAAGUGUGGUGCGAGGGGAAAUUUCUUUACGUUCGUUUGUUUAUCUAGCUGCAUUUUAAAGGAUGUGGAUCAGAAAAGGAAAAAGACAUGUUUUGGCUUAAAACAUAUCUACCUGUCAUAAAGUUUCUGACAAAACGUGAUUCUAACGUUUCCAAAGGUAACAGGUUAACUGACGGUAAGCUCUGGUCAUGUUCGGCCUGAAAGAGGAGUUCUGACUCACCAGAAUUGCCUUAACAUUGGAUUAAAGGGAGAACCCGCUGCUUUUUGGACGGAUUUUACGCACCUGCGAGCUCCCGGUGCUCUGCAGCGCGUGGGCGGUGCAGAGUGCGGUGGGAGGGGGCGGCUGGGUGGGGGUGUCCACGCUCACUCUCUGGUGGUAUUGUCAUGGAAACUAGACCACCGCCUCGCUAUUGUCUCGCGCUCUGCCAAGUUUAUUAUAAACACCGCGCGAGCCGCAGCGCGUUGUCAAACGGAGCGCAGGAGCAGAGCGAAGCGCAGUCCUGUGGAGGAAAACUGAGGACACGGAGUUAGAGACAGAGAGACCAGGAGACAGGACAAAACAGAAGAAAGUGAAGAAAGACAGGCUUUUAAAGAGAAAAGCGUCAACAUCUGGAUUAUCUACCAAGGAAGCAGCUGCGUGACAGCGACCCGAACACCCAGAAACACAGGAGUUUUGGAGAGACGACCAGCAGUCCUCGGAGAUAUUGGAAAGAAAGCCCAGCUCUGACUAGUUCGAACAACAUCUUCUCUUUCUUGAAGAGCAAAAGAAGCUGAAGACACUCACUCGAGCCUCCCAGAAUCAGAGUCCUCCUCAUCGUUUCCCUUGCAGUCCGGUGUUUAUACCGGCUUUGCUCCAUGUAUAAGAUGGAUUACUCAUACCUGAACUCCUAUGACUCCUGCAUGGCGGCCAUGGAAGCAUCGGCCUACGCGGACUUCAGCUCGUGCAGCCAGGCCAGCUCCUUCCAGUACAACCCGAUCCGGAGCGGACCCUUCUCCAACCCGGGCUGUACCCCGCUCAGCACGGCCAGCUGCACCCUGGGAGCCCUGCGGGACCACCAGCCCACACCGUACUCCUCAGUUCCUUACAAGUUCUUCUCGGAUCCCUCUGGCCUGAACGAGAAAAGGAAGCAGCGCCGCAUCAGGACCACCUUCACCAGCUCCCAGCUGAAGGAGCUGGAGCGAGUUUUUGCCGAGACACACUACCCUGACAUCUACACCCGAGAGGAGCUGGCUCUGAAGAUAGACUUGACUGAGGCCCGGGUACAGGUAUGGUUUCAGAACAGGCGUGCCAAGUUUCGUAAGCAGGAGCGUGCAGCCAAUGCCAAAGCCAACAACUCUGGUGGCCCCAAUGGAAGCAGCAGCAGCAGCUCCUCUGGAGGGAAGAAGAAUGGAGAGCAGAGAUCUUCAUCAGAUGACGACGAGUCCAAAGAAUCCACCUGCAGCCCCACACCUGACAGCACGGCCUCCCUGCCAGGCUCAGCAAACGGCAACAUGGGCAGCCCUGCCAGCCUGAGCCCCAGCCCUGCCCCUGUCAACAGCGGCUACGUUAACACCUCCAGCUCUCCAGUUCUUCAGGGUCUGAAGCCACCCAGCUGGUCCAGCCUGGGGCCGUCAAACCCGGCCGUGGCCCAGCCCGCCAUCCAGACUCAGGAGAUCCUGAAGGCCUGGCAGCCGGCAGACAGUAUGACCGGGCCCUUUGCUGGAGUCCUGUCCUCAUUUCACAGAAAACCCAACCCUGCCAUCAAGACAAACCUGUUCUGAAGCACAGAGGAAGAGAAUGAGAACCAAACAUUAUGUGGUACUACAGGAACAGAGGUGGGACAGUCAGGACUUGCCUUUUAUUAGGCUGAAUUCAACAGUUCUAGUCUGAUGUAGUGAUGAGGCCCUGUUACUUUCCUUAAAAUCUAUCCUGCUAAACUGAUUUCAAGCUCAGAUAAACUCCAACGUCUGGCCAACAUCUCUCACCAAAUUCUCCCUGGAUUUGGCCGAUUUCUUUCCUACAAGACUCAAACUCUUGUUUCACCCUAAAAUCAGAUUCACUCUCACAGUUUGACAAGAAAUCACUUUUCCUCAGAGAAAGAAACAACACUGACUGCUCUAUCAAAGAUGUAUAACCACGAUGUUGAGUUGAAGGAUGUUUUUGUGCAGCCAAAUCAGAACUGCUUGGAGUGAUGAACACAUUAGCUACACAACAACAUACACAUCUAUUUCCCUUCCCCUUUAUUUAACUCACAUUCCCACACUCUGCAUUGCAACAAACUCCGUCCUGCAUGGCGGUCAGGUACGAUUUUAAAGCAGAAAUCCAAACAUCCAGCUCCAGUCUCUGUUGAACAAACAAACUUUUACCCUCAAGCAUAACUUCCUCUAAACCCUCUGUCACAUAGUCCCACCAGAAGGGAACAGGGUCCCCCUUAAAUCUCUUUGCUGAGCAUAGCAGAGCACCCUGAAAUCCAAUUAGAGCAGCAAGGUCCAGACCAGACACAUCCCCAGUUUACCCACUCCUCCUCCUCCUCUACAGUAUGAAGUCUCUCACUCUCAUCCUCAGUGUGGCUCCCUUCCAACCCCAAGGCUUUAUGGUCCCCAUCCUUUCACUCUCUCUGUCCCAUCAUGCCUCUCUCUACUAAACAGUGAGCACUUUGUUAAAACGCAGCGAAGGAAAGAGACGAAUCCAACUACAACUGACUUGUGCUGACGGCAUCCCGGUACUACUUCUGACUUCUCACGUUUGCGAGAGUUUUCAGAUGAUUCUUCUGCUGGAAUGAGGAAAACAAAUGAAUUUGUUGCUUUGAGCUUGUGCUAUGAUCUCAAGCAGACAUACAACUCCUCACCUACUCUGACUCUUUGAUCACCUUUGCCAAGAGGUGAAAAAUAUCAGGCAAUCUUUCUCCAAAGUUCAAAUAAGCCAGUCACACAUUGGCUUCAUUGAGAGAGACCUGGAAAGUAUCUUUGCAGAGUUGCUUGUGUGUGAUCCCUUUUUUAUUUUGUGGCAAAUCCCUGCAACAAGACUGAUUUCCAAGCUGAGGGUUUAAUCCAGAUAUCUCAAAAAGGGAAAAAAACCAUGUAUUUAUUAAUAUUCUUUAAUAUGUCACAGAGAAAACUGGACUGCUCCUUGAAAUUUUGUGACUGUAAAUUCAGUAAUUAGUAAUAUAAAUAUUAGGUAGGUUUUUGUUUAUUUCUCUCAUGUUGCUUUACAGGUUGAUUUCAUUGCAGAGCGUCUGACUCACAGAUCAACAUGUGCAUCAAAACUAAGGAUGGACAGACGCUCUAGUGAAUGAAAGGUUAUAGCACUACUCUGAAUAUUCUAAUAAAUCUACAUUAUGGAAGCACUA